UUAUUUUAUGGAUCAGAGAAAAGGAUCAGAUGUCAGUAGAAAAGAAAGUGAUAGUCCCAGUUCUCAGUGGUGUCACAUUCACUCUCUGGGAUUCAUAGCAGAGAAGGGAAGAGGAAGAAAAAUAGUUUUUCUUUAUUUUCUCCUCCAGGGAUUGAGCUUCCUGCAAGGUGUGGGUGGCAGAGUCUCUGCACUGACACACGGGGAUCCAGCAGGUGAAGUGGAACGUUCUGGAAAAUGGCCAAAACUAGCCACACUGUUGGGAUCUUCACAAGAGAUGGCAUCAAAUAUUAUAAUUGGCUGAUAAGUCUGUUACACCAUACAUUGUUCCACAGUGUAGUGAAAAAUGUCCUCCCCAAGUACGUCACCAACAGCUUCAUGGACUUCGAGGAGAAUGUGUCCGAGUGCUCGUUCGCCAUCCUGUACCACACUCUGAAGAGAGGGAGGCUGAACAUUACAGAUGUGACUGACUCAUUAUAUGAUGAAGAGCUGGAAUAUUUAUUUCAAAUACUUGGCAAAGAAAAUGUCAUUGUAGUGAUAGAUGACCUGACGGACAGCAGUGACGCUCAGAUGAGAGAAAUCAUAAAUUCUCAACCGAGCAUUGAACGUUACGCUUGUAAACUCUUCCUUAUCAGUGAGAAGGAGAAGAAAUCAUGCAUUAUAGAAGGUUCUGAGGCAAAGUGGAGUGAGAUUGCCAUAGAGGACUCACUUCAAAAGGAGCACAACUCCAUCACAGACAAACGUAACCAGAUGAAGGAGAUCUUGGCUUGCCCCUCCUCACAGAACAAAGGCAAAGAAAAUGUCAUUGUAGUGAUAGAUGACCUGACGGACAGCAGUGACGCUCAGAUGAGAGAAAUCAUACGUUCUCAACCGAGCAUUGAACGUUACGCUUGUAAACUCUUCCUUAUCAGUGAGAAGGAGAAGAAAUCAUGUAUUAUAGAAGGUUCUGAGGCAAAGUGGAGUGAGAGUGCCAUAGAGGAUUCACUUCAAAAGGAGCACAACUCCAUCACAGACAAACGUAACCAGAUGAAGAAGAUCUUGGCUGGCCCCUCCUCACAGAACAAAGAUCCCGUGGUGGUACCCACAGAAGAGCAUCAACUAAUGGACCCAAAUAAAGAAAAAGCACCAAAGAGAAAAAUGCCCUGUAACUUGGAUUCUAAGGGAGUCUUAAUAUUUGUAAUUGUGCUCAUUGUCUGUCUGAUAAUUGCCCUCAUCACAGUCAUUGCCACCAGUGUCUAAGACCAGAAGAGACACGAUAUUGGACCAUCCUCUGGUACCCACCAGACUUUCUUGUUUACUUAAGAAAAUAUAUUUACAGCUACAAGAACCAACGCAAGACUUUCUCUAUGAUAAAUAGGAUUGAAGUAUCAGGAUACUGUAUUUGACUUAGUGGGGUGUAAAUAAAAGGGGAAAACAAGUCCAGAGGCUGCUGCCCAGAAGCAUAGAGGGCUGAGUAGGUUCCUUAUGCCCAUAUCUAUGGAGAUAUGACUUUUACUAUAAUCAAACAUGGAAACCCAACCUUUUAUAGUCGAAAAUGAUCUCUGAAUCUAUUAGGACUAAUUUAUAUAAAUUUGAGAUCAACCCUUCUUCCUCACAAUUCAAGAAAAUAAAAAAUACAAUCUCAACAUUUUUUGCCACUUUGAUUUUUCAAACUCAAAUUUUCAAAUUAAACAGUUCUCAAAAAUGUAAAUAUGAAAGAAAUUAACAAAAAAAAGUAACGAGCUAACGAGUCAAAAGGAGAUGUAUUUUCAGCUUUUAAAUGAUUUUAUUCUCGAUUAAAUCAAGUUUUUUUUAUUAAUAAAUAAGCUAAAGUUGGGCAUUAGAGUUUGGUUGUGUUUUUUUAAUAAAAUAUGAGAUAAAUUCGGGUUUUUAGUAAUUAACUCCCUUAAAGUUGAAUGACACAAUGAGAUUUUUUGCAAUUGAGUUCUAUCGUACAUGACCUAACAUUAUUUUUUUGUAAAUGUGUUCAUGAUCUAUGGAAAAAAUUGGUAAAAAAAAAAAAUCUCAAUUAAGUUUAUGUAGAGGCCCAUUUCUUAGGUCAAAUUCUAGUGGUAUUCGAGGUUUUCGAAAUCGCAUUUAAAAUUUACUUCUCUAAAAUCAUGAUUGCCUUGUAAUUUAUUAAAAGAUACAAAUAGUAUGAACAAACAUAGCUGUCAAAAUUUGUUAACCACACAUUUUUUUGUGAUUAAACAAAAAAAAUCAAACGAAAAUGAAUGUUUUGAUCUCCAAAAACAUGAACGAAAGGAUGAUCUUUGCAAGAAAAGAAGGGGAACUUCCAUUGACUCCUACAUGACCUCAACAGCUUUUACUUGCUGUACUUUUGUAUUAGUAGAUUGUAUGAUUUUUAGACUUAGGGGUAUAUUUAUCAAAGAGUGAAGUUAAUAGUGAAGUUCCGCCACUAGAGUGAAA